AUGCAGAUUAGGAGAUCCUCAUAUCAUAAUGCUGUGAAGGUGUUUGAUAUUGAGAAUGACUUGGAUAUCACUGGAAUUCAAACAUAUGUGAUUAACAGCUUUAAUGUUGUUUUUCUGAACAAGAGGGAUCUGGAAAAUCCUAAGAGCAGAAGGGCUGGUAAAAGUUGCAAACACAGUUCCCAAUGUGAGACAUGCAGAAGAAAUAUCUCAGACUCUUAUCAAUUUUGCUCUUUGGGAUGCAAGUAUGCAUGGGUCCAAAAGAGUGAGAUUGAGAGUGGGAUGAGUGAGAGUGGAAGCGGAAGCACUGUCAUGAGCACAAACAAAGCAGAAGGAAAGAGAAAAAGGGAAGAAGAGAAAAUUACUGAGACAUGGUCACCACAAGAAAUGAAAAGUUUCAGUGAACAAAUUCCUAAAAAAAGAGUUCCUAAAAGCCGCAAGACUUCUCUCAAUAAUUUGCCGUUGCAGACAACUGAUGAAGUUGACUCAAGUUCAAGGAAGAAUAAGACAACCUCAAAUUCAAACAAAAGAAAGGGAGUACCUUGUAGGGCACCUCUUUUUUAGGAGUUAUA